AUGCCAAAAGGAAAGACUUUUAAUAAAAUAUAUAAUUAUUUAUGGCAACUCCUUCUGUCGUCUCCACUUUACUAUGCAAACCUUAGAGAUGAUAGAUGCUCAAAUAAUUUGAAGAUUAGGAUCAAUCUAUAUCAUCCAUAAUAUCAAGGACUGAGUCUGGAUUAAGUUUCGUAAUUAAAAGUCAAAAACUAUUAUAACUACAAGUGCUCCCUCAUUGUUUCAAAGAUAAAAAACUAUUUAUGCUUUUUAAGGUAAGGUUCACAAAUAAAAACUAAAUGUAUAUAUUGAA